AUGGCGAUAAUUCGCCCUCGGAACGCGAAAACGCCUUUUGAAAUUCACCACGACCAGGAGUCCCUCGAGGAAGAGGAAGAGGUAAUGGACGAGUCACGAGGCGAUAUGGAGGACGUUGAGCAGGACGAGGAGGACGAAUAUUCCGACGGCUAUUCCGACGAUAGCGACGAUGUUGUUGAUCCAAAGGUUCAAGAAGACAUGGACAAGUUUCAGGAGACAUUCAAAGGGAUUAAAGACCGGUUUCGUCUGAUCAACCGAAUUGGAGAGGGCACAUUUUCCACUGUAUACAAGGCUGAGGAUUUGUUGUACGAAGCCUACGACAAUGAUUGGGACAUUGAGGAAAAGGAAAAUAAAUGGACAUCACCACCCUUGAAGAAACGCCGCAUGGGGAUGCAAGCAUUAGCGGAUAUGAACGAUUACGCGCAACAACGACGACGGCCGAAGUAUGUUGCGAUCAAGAAGAUUUAUGUUACCAGCAGCCCUUCACGAAUUCUUAACGAGCUGGACCUUCUCAAUGACCUUCGAGGUUUCGAUUCUGUCUGCCCUCUGAUCACGGCUUUCAGACACACGGAUCAGGUUGUUGCCGUUCUACCUUAUUUCAAACAUACAGAUUUCCGGGAGUACUUCCGGAAUAUGACUGUCGAUGAUAUGCGAAUCUAUUUUCGAUCACUCUUCCGAGCGCUAGCAGCUGUUCACUCAAAAGGGAUCAUCCAUCGAGACAUAAAACCCACGAACUUCCUCUACGAACCUGAGAAGCGCCGAGGAGUCCUCGUGGAUUUUGGUUUGGCUGAGCGUCAAGGGGUGGAUGCAAAGCCAUGUAUGUGUACAGAGAACGCAGAUCACCGCCGUCGCCGUGUGGCAAACAGUGUUACAGCCGCCAUGGGCCCCUCAAAUGGGUAUCCUAAAAACGAUUCUCGGCCCUCUCGGCGCGCAAAUCGUGCCGGAACGCGUGGAUUCCGAGCACCUGAAGUCCUGCUGAAGUGUACCGACCAGACGACCAAGAUUGACAUCUGGUCGGCUGGUGUCAUCCUCUUGACAAUCCUAUCAAAAAGAUUCCCAUUCUUUAAUUCAGCGGACGAUGUCGAGGCAAUGAUUGAGAUCGCUACGAUCUUCGGCAUUAAGAGGAUGAAAGCUACUGGGUAUCUGCAUGGGGUCAUGUUCGAGACUAAUAUCCCGACCAUUGGCAACGCGGGUUUCACUUUGGAGAAGAUCAUCUUAUGGUCAACGUGCAGGAACGACAGUGGAAAGGACGGAAAAGAGGACCCCCUGACAGAUGAAGAGAAGUCUGCAGUACGAUUCUUGGAACGGUGCUUUGAGCUGGAUCCCAACAAGCGUAUCAGUGCGGAAGAGGCGCUUGAGCAUGAGUUUUUGAGAGAAGACGUAUAUUCAGAUGACGAGGAGAUGCAUAUGUUGUAA